UGUUAAGAGCAUAGGUUGGGGCAAGGAGAGGGACGGAAGCAAUACUGUUACAUUGUUGCCGUACCAGGAUCACUCAGUGGGGCUCUGCCAGGCUGCUGGAUUUGCUGUGGACAAGGAGGAGGUCAAAGGGGGACUCAGGAUGGCUCUGGAUGUUGGUGGCGCGGUGGCAGUGGUGGUCUUCUAUGUCCUGAUCCUGGCCAUAGGGAUCUGGGCCUCCAGGAAGUCCAAGAAGGAGGAGGAGAAAUGUGUGGGCAGCAAGAGUGAGGUCAACAUGAUAGGAGGACGCAAUAUCAACGUUUUGGUGGGGGUUUUCACUAUGACAGCGACGUGGGUUGGAGGGGGCUACAUCAUGGGCACUGCAGAGGCUGUCUACUCCCCCUCUCAAGGUCUCAUCUGGGCUUUGGGGCCGCUGGCUUAUCUUAUCACCUUCCUAUUGGCAGGGCUAUUUUUUGCUAAGCCAAUGAGAUCACAGCGCUACGUGACGAUGAUGGACCCGUUUCAGCAUCGCUAUGGAAACUCGAUCACCAUCGCGUUGCUGCUUCCCGCACUGAUUAGUGACGUGCUCUGGGUGGCCUGCAUCCUCAAUGCCCUGGGAGGGAUGAUGAGUGUGAUUCUGGGCUUGUCCUCGUACUAUUCCAUUGCUCUGUCUGCAGCAGUAGCCAUCACCUACACACUGAUGGGAGGGCUCUACUCUGUGGCCUACACAGACGUCAUCCAACUCUUCUUCAUGUUCAUCGCUCUGUGGCUCUGCGUUCCCUUUCUGGUUCUCAACCCAGCAUCCUCGGAGGUCACACUCGCAGCCCUUUUCAACCGAUCACAGCAGGCGCCCUUGAUGGGCGAACUUGAAGUUGGAACAUGCUGGGAAAUGGAUAGAUGUGUAUGUAUGUGGAUGAUUGUGUGCGUGUUGUUUGUGCAUCUCUGUGUGUUGCAGGCAUUGGGAGGCCUGUCCUACCAGGCUCUGUAUCAGCGUAUCCUGUCUGCAGUAUCGUCUACUCAGGCUCAGGUCACCGGCUUCGCUGCAGCCGGAAUAGUCAUCAUCAUGGGAGUACCCUCGGUCAUCAUAGGAGCAGUGGCAGCCUCCACAGACUGGAACCAGACAGGGUACGGCCUGCCCUCUCCAUUUGACUGUGGAGAGGCAGGCAAGGUGCUGCCUCUGGCCCUGCACUACCUCACCCCUCCCUGGGUGUCUGUGGUGGGCAUCGGGGCCGUGGCUGCAGCUGUCAUGUCCUCCAUGGACUCUGUCCUCCUCUCCUCCGCAUCCAUGUUCACUCACAACAUCUACAAGCGCACUCUCAAGGCACAGAUCAGUGGAGACCUCAUCUACUGCGUGGUCUUCCCCCAGCUGAUCUGUGUUCUUCACUGCCGCUGUGCUAAUGGCUACGGUGCUACCGCUGGUUACCUUGUGGCAGUCACUCUGAGGCUGCUAAGUGGAGAGCCUCUCAUCCGGCUUCCAACGGCCCUCCUGUUCCCUGGUUGGAGGGAGGAGUCAUCCGCCAGUACUUCCCCUUCAGGACUCUGGUGAUGUUGUCGUCUCUUGUGUGUAUCCCCCUAACCUCCAGCCUGGCCACCCUGGCCUUCAGCCACCGCCUGCUGCCCCGCUCUUGGGACCUGUUGGCUGCACCGGGGGAGGAGGAGAGGGGAAAGGAGGGUGACGAUGGGAAACCUGCUGUCACCGAAAAUCUCCUGGCCAUCUCCAGCACCAGCUGCUAGGAACAGAGGGAGGGAGGGGUACGCUGGGAGUCAAGCAGCAACUUCUCCCCCCUAAGGAUGGGCAGGGGUGUUCGUGUGUUUCUUCACUGUCUAAUCAUGCCAUGGGGUUGUUUAGUGACAGACGUGUAUCUAAAUCUAUCGCUUGACAGUUUCAUUUUAGAGAGACAAAUAACCAUGUUGUUAUAGCAAAAUGCUAUAUAUCCUCCUCACUCUCAGAGAAAGAAGUAGUACUACUAGGUUUUACACAGUUAAAAGUAAUAAAUAAUUACAUUAUUUUUUAUAAAGAACUGUAUAAAUUAUACAAUUGAUACAUCAAUAUCACAUUUUUAAAGUCAUUAAAUACAGUAAUAUGAGAUCUGUUUGUAAAACAUUUACUUUAACAUUUUUGUUUAUUAACAGAUGCUCUUAUGCAGAGUGACUUACAGUUAGUGCGUUCAUUUUAAGCUAGCUAGGUGAGACAACCACAUAUCACUGUCAAAUAUACAGGGUACGAACAUUCCAUUCCAGCUAAACAAUGGUUAUAUAGUGUUUCUGAGAAUUCAAAUAUUUUACACACUUGAAGUUACCCAUGAUGAGCAAUCUUUUCUCAUGAAAAAGCACACAUGAAAAAUUGGUGGAAAAAGCAUUUUGGAAUUAAACUCUUCAAUAACACUGCUUAAGGAGGGAGAAGUAAUUGCUUGGAGGGGCUAAUGAGUACCGAAUAACUGCGCUGUUAUUGUGACUGUCUAAGCAUUGAGUAUUUGGUAUAGGGUCAAGGGUCAUAGUUAGCUUUAAUCUCUGGAAAGAUUUUCAGUAAUAUGUUUUCCUGCAUCUUCAUUGUGUAAUCUCUCUCUGCCAUGUAUGUACAGGCUACUCUGUCUUGCUUCAGAGUAGCUUAUAGCCAAAAUAUCACCAUAGAAACGUGGAGGCAAUUAUUUAUUAUAAAGACUUCCUCAUUAUGCUUU